CUUAAUCCGCGUGCACUUGGCCCUCGCGGAAGAGUAUAUUGAGAGAGACACACGCGUGCGUUGUUAUAUUGUUGUGGUAUACAACACAGACAUCACGUGAUUGAGCUCGGUAGCUUUGAUGGUCGUAGUCGCGACGCGUGCCUGGCGUUUAACGGGGGGCUGCUGCUGCUGCUCCCCUUCUAUAUAAGCCUAUGUAAAGACCGCACCGAGUCUCCUCCGAGCCCAGUAUCGUUUUCGCCUCUGCACACAUAGCUGCCGAUGCAACGGUAGCUUUUCGAACCUCGAUACAGACGAUAUCGCGAUUUCCAAAAUAGAACAAAAACAAAAAAAAAAAAGAAUCGAGGGACACACGGCUGAAAGCUCAUACAUAUACGGAAAUGGCUUCGUGCGAGAUACGAGUUGACUCGCCGCGCGUCAAGUACACCGGCGAGCGCAUCGAGACGGAAUACGAUUACCAGACGACCGCAGUUUUCAACGAGGGCGACGAGCAUCGACCGAAGUACAAAAUCGUGCCGGAAACGAGGAAGCUGCUCAUCCGCACGGAGACGAGGCUGCCCCGUCUGGGUGUCAUGCUGGUCGGCUGGGGUGGCAACAACGGCUCCACCAUCACCGCGGCGCUGCUCGCCAACAGGCUCAAGCUCAGCUGGCCGACCAAGGAGGGCGUCAAACACGCCAACUGGUUCGGCUCGUUGAUCGAGGCGUCGACGGUGCGCCUGGGCGAGUGCCAAGGCAAGGACGUUUACGCGCCGAUCUCGUGUCUCUUGCCGAUCGUCCGUCCCGACGACAUCGAGAUCGACGGCUGGGACAUAUCCGCGGCGAAUCUGGCCGAGGCCAUGGCCAGGGCCAAGGUGCUGGACGUCAAUCUGCAGCAGCAGCUCGUGCCCCACAUGAGGCAGAUGAAGCCGAGAAAGAGCAUCUACUAUCCGGACUUUAUAGCGGCUAAUCAGGAAUCGAGAUCGAACAACGUGCUGCGAGGCACGAUGCAGCAGCACCUGGACACCAUCCGCGGCGACAUCGCCGACUUCAAAGCCCGGAAGAGUCUCGACACCGUGGUCGUGCUCUGGACGGCCAACACCGAGAGAUUCGCGGAAAUUCUGCCGGGCGUCAACGACACGGCCGACAAUCUGCUGCGAUCGAUCGCCCACGGACACUCGGAGAUCAGCCCGAGCACGGUGUUCGCCGUCGCCGCGGCUCUCGAGGGCUGCACCUACCUGAACGGAUCGCCGCAGAACACAUUCGUGCCGGGCGCCCUGGAGCUCGCCGAGAGGCAGGGGACCUUCGUGGGCGGCGACGACUUCAAAUCCGGCCAGACGAAGCUCAAGUCGGUCCUCGUCGACUUUCUGGUUUCCGCCGGUAUCAAGCCGGUCUCGAUCGUCAGCUACAAUCAUCUGGGCAACAACGACGGCUACAACCUGUCCGCGCCCGCGCAGUUCAGAUCCAAGGAGAUCUCCAAGAGCAAUGUGGUCGACGACAUGGUCGAGUCCAAUCCGAUACUGUACAAAAAGGGAGAGAAACCCGAUCACUGCGUCGUCAUUAAAUACGUUCCCUAUGUCGGCGACAGCAAGCGCGCGAUGGACGAGUACACGUCGGAGAUCCUGAUGGGUGGCCAGAACACCAUCGUCGUGCACAACACGUGCGAGGACUCGCUCCUCGCCAGCCCCAUCAUACUCGACCUCGUGCUCCUCGCCGAGCUCUGCUCUCGCGUCAGCUUCAAGAGUCUCGACGGGCCGGGAGCCGACGCGGCCGAGUUCCAGAGCUUCCGCAGCGUCCUGUCCGUGCUCUCUUACCUGCUGAAAGCUCCGCUGGCGCCCAACGACGCUCCCGUCGUCAAUGCCCUGUUCAAGCAGCGCUGCGCCAUCGAGAACAUCCUGAAGGCCUGCGUCGGUCUGCCGCCGGAGAGCAACAUGCUGCUCGAGCACAGGCUUCGAUCGUUUCGACGUUGAGUUUUAACGAUUCGAUUUCGAUCGAUUUUAAUUUAUCGAUGCAGUUGAAGUAAUCUAUGUUUUUUUUUUUUUUUUUGUAAGAAAUAACAAAUUGUACGUGAGAAAUUACGAGUGCAAUAUGCAAUAAUUUUAAACAAAUGUAUCGAUUGGGAUCAUCAAUAAAAACAAGAUUUCAUUCUAAUAUCGCAUUAUAUGGUUUAUCAAAUAAUCAGUUCGUGUGAAAUAGAUAAAGUAAAACUUUUGUUCAAAGGCCCAAGAAUGUAUUAACAAUAUUCUACACAAUAUUUAAAACGUUUCACGGAGUGCGUGUAUCAAGUA